CGAGGCAGGUGGAUCACUUGAGGUCAGGAGAUUGAGACCAGCCUGACCAAUAUGAUGAAACCCCAUCUCGACUACAAAUACAAAAAUUAGCCACGCAUUUCCCUAUUCAGUGGUCUCCAGGGUCCCGCUAGCCUCCCCAGGCUAAUGCCAGCUGUUCUCCUUCUGAGCCACUGCACUCCUGCUCCAGAACAUUCUGCCUUUCCCACUCUGUACCCUUGCUUCUCCCUGACACGGUGCAUCUCCCCACCGCCGCCCCGACCCUGUGCCCCUCUCGGGAUCCCCAGCCCACCCCAUGAUAACAUUUUGUGUGCUGCUUAUGCCCAGGCGUGAGCCAAGGGCAGGGUGAGGCUUCCCUCCUCCCACCCACCAGCCCCUCACCUGACCUGCUGUUCUCUCUGACCUGCCACGGUGCCCCCAGAGGAACUUCCUGAAGUGCUCUGAAGACAACCCGCUCUUUGCCGGCAUCAACUGUGAGGUGUUCGAGUCACGCUUCCCCACCACCAUGGCCUUGUCCGUGCUCGUGACCAUUGAAAUGUGCAAUGCCCUCAACAGCGUCUCGGAGAACCAGUCGCUGCUUCGGAUGCCGCCCUGGAUGAACCCCUGGCUGCUGGCGGCUGUGGCCAUGUCCAUGGCCCUGCACUUCCUCAUCCUGCUCGUGCCGCCCCUGCCUCUCAUUUUCCAGGUGACCCCACUGAGCGGGCGCCAGUGGGUGGUGGUGCUCCAGAUAUCUCUGCCUGUCAUCCUGCUGGAUGAGGCCUUCAAGUACCUGUCCCGGAACCACGUGGACGGCAUUCUCAGGACAGUCUCGCAGGCCUGGAGUAGGCAGCCGAUGACCGCCUCUUGGACCCCAGACCACACCGGGUUGGCCUCUUUGGUGUCACCUUGUGGGUGGAUUCUGAGAGUGGGUGAUUCUGAACCUCCAAGGACCAGGGGCACAGCAUCAUCUUGCUGUCAGAGCUACUCAGAGAGGGAGGAAGCCGGGGAGCUGAGCAAGGGAACUGGCCUGUCCAGGGAGUGGCCAGACACGUGUAGGGACUGCGUUGAGGGUGCAGGUGGGCACUCAGCAAGGCAAGCCUGCCGGGACUGAGGGGGAGUUUCUCGAGGCUUUGAGGUUAAAGCAGUGGUUGGAAAGAAUAGGAUUGAACCUGGUGGAACAGGGCUGGGUGAGCACAGAUGCUGACAUUCAGAGUGGAGGGCAGAGGGGGUGAGGUCCGGGGAAGGGGCAAAGGGCCUUGAGUGCCAAGGUAGAGACCCUGGACACUGUCCUCAGGGCAGUGGGGAAGCAUGGGAGGAGUGUAAGGACAACGCGGGACUGUGUCAACCAUGGAGGACAGGCAAGAGGGGGUGAGACUAACGGGCCGGACACAGUGGCUCACGCCUGUCAUCCCAGCAUUUUGGGAGGCUGAGGCGGGAGGAUCACCUGAGUCAGGAGUUCAAGACCAGCCUGGCCAACAUGGUGA